UUCCGCGGGCAAGCGUAGCUUGGCUCUUCAGCUCCUGGGGUGAGAGCGCGUCCGGGGCUUUCAGCGUGGUUGGCGUCUCCUCACUGGAUCCAUCCCUAGCCUAGCUUAGCCCAGUCGGGCCCCGGGAGCCGGGAGCCCCGGAUCGGCUCCCUCACACCCCUCACCAUGUUCCGAAGGCUGUGGUCUCUUUCCUCCUGCCUCCUAGUGUUCUGCACCCUCUUGCCCCAGAGCCUAGGUCUCAACAUCUGUACAAGUGGGAGUGCCACCUCCUGUGAAGAGUGUCUGCUCAUCAACCCAAAAUGUGCUUGGUGUUCCAAAGAGGAUUUUGGUAACCAGAGGUCAGUCACAUCCCGGUGUGAUCUGAAGGCAAAUCUCCUCAAACUCGGUUGUGGAGGGGAACUGGAGAGCCCAGAUAGCAGCAUCACCGUCCUGAAAAACCUUCCUCUGAGCAUCAAGGGCUCCAGCCCUUCCAAUGCAGACGUCAUUCAGAUGACGCCCCAGAAGAUCUCCAUGAAUCUUCGGCCUGGUGACAAGACCCCUUUCCGAGUCCAAGUGCGACAGGUGGAGGAUUACCCCGUGGACCUAUACUAUUUGAUGGACCUUUCCCUGUCCAUGAAGGAUGAUUUAGACACCAUUCGCAAUCUGGGCACCAAGCUGGCUGAGGAGAUGAGGAAGCUCACCAGCAAUUUCCGUUUGGGUUUUGGCUCUUUCGUAGACAAAAACAUCUCCCCCUUUUCCUACACUGCACCGAGAUACCAAACCAAUCCAUGCAUUGGCUACAAUAGGUUUCCCUAUGCCAUACCAAGGUCCAGAGGUCAUAUACACCUUCUUGGGGCUCCAGAGAGAAUGGAGCACUUUCCCAAACCGGUAAAGAAGAAGACUAUGUCUAGGCAGAGAAGGACUCCGAUAGGCUCAGGCAUUCUCAUUUGUCUUUUCUCUCUACAGGAGAAGAUUGGUUGGCGGAAGGAAGCUCUGCACUUGUUGGUGUUCACGUCAGAUGAUGUGCCACACAUUGCCCUGGAUGGCAAACUGGGAGGUCUGGUGCAGCCACAUGAUGGGCAAUGCCAUCUGAAUGAGGCCAAUGAAUAUACUGCAUCCAAACAGAUGGACUAUCCAUCGCUUGCACUUCUUGGAGAGAAAUUGGCAGAAAACAACAUCCACCUGAUAUUUGCAGUGACAAAGAACCAUUACAUGCUCUACAAGAAUUUUACAGCAUUAAUACCUGGAACUACUGUGGAGAUUCUACAUGCUGACUCCAGAAAUAUCAUCCAGUUGAUUGUGAACGCAUACAAUAGUAUCAGAUCCAAAGUAGAGCUGUCUGUCUGGGACAAUCCUGAGGAUCUCGGCCUCUCCUUCACAGCCACCUGCCAAGAUGGUCUGUCCUAUCCAGGCCAGAGGAAAUGUGGAGACCUAAAAAUUGGUGAAACCGUAUCAUUUGAGGUGUCCGUGGAAGCCCGGAGUUGCCCUUCCCGAGACACCGUGCACACGUUCACCCUGAGACCGGUGGGGUUCCGGGAUGCCCUGGAGCUCGUGGUAACCUACAACUGCUCAUGCAGCUGCGCCAGCAGGACGGAGCAAGACAGCCCCCGGUGCAGCGGGAACGGGACGUACACCUGCGGCACCUGCGAGUGCCACCCUAGCUAUCUGGGCUCCAAGUGCGAGUGCCAGGAGGGAGAGAACCGGGACCUCUACCAGAAUCUGUGCCGGGAGACCGAGGGCAAGCCGCUGUGCAGCGGGCGUGGGGAAUGCAGCUGCAACCAGUGCUCCUGCUACGAGAGCGAAUUCGGGAAGAUCUACGGCCCCUUCUGCGAGUGUGACAACUUUUCCUGUGCCAGAAAUAAAGGGGUCCUCUGUUCAGGUCACGGGGAAUGCCACUGUGGGGAGUGCAAAUGCCACGCUGGCUACAUCGGGGACAACUGUAACUGCUCAACAGAGACCGAAACAUGUCUCUCCAAUGACGGUCAGAUCUGCAGCGGACGAGGGUAUUGCUCGUGUGGGCGAUGCCAUUGCAUAAAGCCUGGGGCCUUCGGAGAGACGUGUGAGAAGUGUCCGACCUGCCCAGACGCCUGCAGCACAAAGAGAGAUUGUGUCGAGUGUAUGUUAUUUAACUCAGGGAGACUGGCUGACAACCAGACAUGCCAAAAACAUUGCAGAGAUGAAGUCAUCACCCGGGUGGAUUCGAUCAUGAAAGAUGACCAGGAAGCCGUCCUGUGUUUCUACAAAACUGCCAAGGACUGUGUCAUGAUGUUCACUUACUCUGAGCUGCCCAGUGGCAAGUCCAAGCUUAUGGUCCUCAAAGAGCCAGAGUGUGGUUCUGCACCCAGUGCUAUGACAAUCCUGUUGGCUGUGGUGGGUAGCAUUCUUCUUGUUGGCAUUGCCCUCCUCGCCAUCUGGAAGCUGCUUGUCACCAUACAUGACCGAAGAGAGUUUGCAAAGUUCCAGAGUGAACGUUCCAGGGCACGAUAUGAAAUGGCUUCCAACCCUCUCUACAGAAAGCCAAUAUCUACCCACACUGUGGAUUUCACCUUUAACAAACUCAACAAAUCUUACAAUGGCACCGUGGACUGAUGUCAUUUUCCGAAGAGGGAUUGGGGGGAAUUUUUUCUUUUUGGAAAAAAUUUCUAAGCCCAGAAUGCUAUAGACACGUGCUUGAGACUGUAUUACUGCUCCCUAAGUAGGAAAUGAUGAACAAUCCUUUAAAGUGGGCCUGGACAAGAAGACUUUUGUCUGGGUAGGAAGGGGUACCUGGUCAUGCCAUCCUUUGCACAGGUUGGAGCCAGGCCAGACUUGCCACUGACCUACCUGGGCCCAGAAGAGGUAUGUGAAGGGGGGAGGAGGGGAAGGGAUGGAAGGUGCUAGAGCGCCUUGGCACCGCUUUUGUUUUUUCCUGUUUGCUAAGUGACCUGAACUUGAGAAAGAAUCCUCUGACUUGAAAGAAGGAAAUGGUACCUUCCAGGGCAGAAGGGAAGGUUGUUUGGAACCAGUUGUGUGUGAGUAUAACCAACAAUGGAAUCAAGAAUUUUGGAUGUCUUAGAGUUGGUCAUUUUUAUAUUAAAAAAAAAAUUACUGAGCAUUUAUGGUUUUGCCCUGAUGACUCCUCCCUUCCUGGUGACUGUGCAACCAUUCUGUUGGUAAAAAUGCUUUGGUUCUUGGCUUCUGCAAAAGAAUAGAAAUUGAACACUCAAAUCCUCCUCUUUCCCCUCCACAUUUGGUACUUUGAUGAUGAAAAGGAGAGGAUAUAUCUCUAGGGAUUAAAUAUUAAAACCAAAAAAAUUAGAUUUGUGUGUCACUUUUUGAGAUGGGACUAAAAGUCCUGAGAGAUAUUUAAUGAGGGUAAUGCCUUGCUGGAGUCUCUGUGGAGUCUGAUGUGCUCCAGCCUGAUCUGUCAGGCCAUGCCCUGGCCUCCAUGCUCUUCUCUUAUGUGGUUUGGGUUGGAGCAGAUGUGGCAAACAAGACAGAAAUGGAAGGGUUGCUGAUGGCAUCUGCCUUUUGCUCAUUGCUCAUUCCUUUCCCAGGACUAAAUGCAGUUAAAACACUUUGCUGCAUAUAUUAUUUUCUCUCUCCUUCCUUCUCUUGCCUACUCACCUUGACUCCAUGAAGACCUAUAAGACCUUCCAUAUUGAUGCACCUUAAAAGCCCAGACUGUCAGAGCUAAAAAGGACCUGAGAAAUCAUCUAUUCACCUCUUCCAUCCCCAACUCCACUGGACUAUAAGGUCCUUGAAGGCAGAGACUGCUUUGGAUCCUCAUCACCAAACAUCCAGUGUAGACUCCUAACAAACACUAGUUGAUUGGUUAAUGUAUUUGCAAGGGAUUAGAAGGGGGUGAGGGUAAUGGGACAGGAAUGAUUCUAGGAGUUUGGAUGGGGGAAGAAAUUCUAUCUUUAUUUUCACUAACUUUUAACUGAAAUGUAGCAUUUCUUUAAUCAUGAUACUGAGAUCCAUACCCCAUGACAAACCUUUGCAUUUUAAAAGGGAAAAAAAAGUUUUAUCUUCAGACUGAAACUACAUGGUGCCUCAGUUCCCCAAGUUCUCCCUUGCUGAACGAGGGUGGAGAGAAGUUUUUUGUUUAUCUGUAAACAAGCCUCUUAAGCUUGCAUAGAACCCUUUCUAAAGGUCUCCUGACUCCUGGCAUAUAGGUGACCUUCCUCUUGACCCGAGUGAGAUUGGAGUGCUCCAGUCAGUUCAGGGAGAAAGUAGCAGCUUUUUCCUUGGAAUCCAGGAGUCUUCAGGUAUAUGGUUGAGCUGGGGUCUGAGGAAGGGGGCAGGGGGAGGCUGACCACCCAUGACUGAUGCCUUCUCUUUCUCUGGUCUUCUUUUUGUUAUUUAAUAAAUAAUUAUAAAUGAA